AUGCCAUUAACAACUAUCGCAUUGACUAUUUCAAUCGUAUUAGAUAUACAUGGUUCUCCAUCAAAUGGCCUCUAUGAAUCUAACCUUUUUUACACGGAAGGUUAUGGCAAAUAUUUGACUAGUCCGACUAAGAUAAAGACAAUUGAAUUUGAAGGUUAUAAAUUCGAGUUUGAUGAUGAUACAUUACCUAAAACACCGAUAACAAAAAUCCAUAUAAUAACAUAUGACAAUAAACCGAUUUUAUUUGAAUUUAUGACAAAUAUGUAUCGUCCAUACAGAAGAUUUUACUACUAUACUUUGGAUAGUAAAACUAAUAAAUUAUAUAAUUAUGUCACUGCAGAAACUGGAUAUAAUGUUGAGGAUUCGAGUGGUCUAAAAUACUACACUGAAUUAAGUAAAUCGGGAAUAAAUGAUGUUUUACAAGAUUUGGCAAAAAACAUUGAUGAAAGUAAUAUCGAGCAUUUGAAGACAUCAGAUGUAAUAAAAGGGUUAAAUAUUGCGAUUGAAGUUUAUUCAAACAGAGUUGUUGAACAAAUUAAAUCGAUAAAGGUAGUUACUCCAGUUGAAUUAUUCGAUUAUAAAACUGAAGUUUCAAUUGAGUCUGUAGAUCAUGAAUCGCGUGAUAAUUCAUUGGCCGAAGUAGAGGAGGAUGGAAAAGCUGUACAAGUUGGGACUCAACCUGUGUAUGAGGUAAAUGGUGCUCAUAACCCAUCUGCACAAGUGUUAUCACAGAAUAAUAUUAUUGAGACCUUGGACGAUAAAUCUAAAGUUACUCAUUUGAGAAAUAUUUCGCAUGAGGUUAACAUUGAAUUGGAGCGUCAUGAUAUCUCUAGUCUGAUUAAUCAAACUAGCGUUGACAUAGAUGAUACUAUUACAAAUAAAUACAGUAAUGUAAUUACACCUGAGUUUUUUAAGUGUUAUGAAUAUGAUAGUAAACUUUCAACAAAAUUAUUUAGAUACAAGAUAUAUAAAUCACAAGGAGAUAAAUUAUCACGUCCAAAUAAAAUUGAAAAAAUCAAAUUUUUUGAUUAUAUAAUUGAAUUUGAUGAUAAAGCGAAAUUGCCAAUUGGCGGUACUGUUAUUAAUAUAUACAUCUAUACUUGCAAGCAUCACAAUCCACUAUUAAUUCAAUUUGUGGUUUUUACGGAUGAAUCCUGCUACUAUUACUACUUCUACUUUUUGAAUAGUAAUAUAAAUAAAUGGAAUAAUUACAAAAUAAAAUAUAAUAGAAGAUUAAAGGAAUAUAUUGAUAAGGAUGGCAUUUUUUAUUAUGAAUUCUCAUGUUUUAAAUGGUGUGUCUAUUUUUCUUUCCUUAAUAAAUUUGAGGAUACAGUAUUAGCAAGAAUACAUUGUAAUAAAGGGAAAUGUGUAAAUGUAAAUGUAGAUAACAUUGAGAAUAAGAAUUUGGAAAUUUAUCUAAAAUAA